AUGGCUUCCACCAACGGAGUUACAGACACCAAUGGAGUCACCGCAGGACUUUUCGGGCCUGAGCUUGUCUCCCCCGACGUUGCCAAAUCCCUCCCUGAAUCAUAUACUCUCCGCGCCCUUCAGAAGUCAGAUUAUGCUCGCGGAUUUUUAGACGUUUUACGGGUUCUGACUGUUGUUGGGGAUAUCACAGAAGAGCAAUGGAAUGAGAGGUACGAUUGGUAUAACAAUCAAGGAAAAGGUGGCUACUACCUCCUAGUCAUUGAAGAUCAGGGAAAAGUUGUUGCUACGGGCGCUUUGAUUGUGGAAAGGAAAUUCAUCCAUAAUCUCGGUCUCGUAGGUCACAUCGAAGACAUUGCCGUAGCGAAAGACCAACAAGGAAAAAAACUCGGAUUGAAGAUGAUUCAAGCAUUGGAUUUCAUCGCGGAGAAGAUCGGUUGUUAUAAGAGCAUAUUAGACUGCAGUGAGGCUAACGAGGGAUUUUAUGUAAAGUGUGGGUUCAAGAGGGCUGGUUUGGAAAUGGCUCAUUAUUAUGAUCACUAA